UGUUAUUAUUUUGUUCGGGUAUGUUCCAGAAGUUAUUAUUGAGUACAAAAACAAGUACGUACAUACUUGAAUAAAUAUAAUUCGCGGUUAUAUUUAUAUAUUUAUUCGUAAGAAGUGGCAAGUGUAAUUAUUUAUUUGUUUGAAUUCCAUUAUUGACAAAAUGUCUGACACAUCUGAUGGUAAUUUGGAGUUGAAACCCGUGGUCGUGAGUCCAUCUUCCCCCACUCCCGUGAAGUCAACCGCGGUCGUAAAGUACUCGGCCGUAGUGCCAGCGACCUUCGCCCAACUUCAAUGCAACACAAACUUGAACCAUCCCCCCUCUAAUUGGCUCAGCAGUUCUGCAGAAAGCUAUGGUCUGCAAAGCGUCCAGCCUCCGAAUGCGGGAUUCUCAAGUUUCCGUAUGGCCCACAUGUUCCCCGACUGCGUCGGUGAAGUUGACGUCGUCUCCGACGCAGAGAACAUUAAAAAACUACUAAAAAUGCCUUACAGCCACGGCGUAGUCUCCAUGAUGGUCCAUCGUAUAGAAAAUACCCUCCUCCUCGACGACUUUGACAUCCAAAAGUACCUUUUGCGUCAGGCUGAGAAUGACUGGAAGUGGCUGAAAGAGUUCAUUUACCAGCACGUAUUCCACAGCGCAGAAGACAAAGAAAAGCGUCUCUCCCACAAACCCAACAGCCGUAACGCGAUUCAGCAAAAAAACUUGACAUCAAAAUUCCUCUACCACUCGCUAGUCCCAAAUGUCCCCCACCCAAAGCCUUCGGAGCAGCCCCCACUCCCUCUUCAGAAACUCGAAACUGAGCCCCCAUUGCCCGAACCCACCAAUGAAGAGAAACCCGGGCCCCGGAAUCACUUUUCCCGCAACAUAGUCUGGACUUUCGAGAACAUUCAGAUGUUAAUUGGGACUAACAUGCCCAUUUUCGGGGGCCAGACCCAUCCCUGCAUAUCUCUGAGGCUCCGAGACAUGAACAAACCGAUCAAUGUCUUAACAGGAAUCGAUUACUGGCUAGAUAACCUCAUGUGCAACGUUCCCGAGGUGAUCAUGUGCUACCACCUAGACGGAAUCGUCCAGAAGUACGAACUGAUUAAGACCGAGGACCUCCCGAAUCUAGAUGACGCUAAGUUCAGUCCCAAAGUUAUCAGAGAUGUGGCUCAAAAUAUUUUGAGCUUUUUGAAAAACAAUGCGACCAAAGCGGGCCACACUUACUGGCUAUUCAAAGGCAAAGAUGACGACGUUGUAAAACUUUAUGACUUGACGUCACUUUGCAGUGAUAUUUCUGACGACAAAGGACAGAAUCCAUUUACUGUUCCGGUCGCCAUGUUGUUGUACCGAGUUGCCAGAAACAUGAAGUACUCUAGCGAUGGUCAUCAGGGAACUAUCAGGAUGUUAUUGAAAAAUUGCAUCGAUUUGCUUAACAUCGAAAAGUAUCCGCAAAUUGUUACGUCUGCGCACUAUAUGCUUUCGGAUUUGUAUGUACCCGCGGAUACUGAUCCCGCGGCUCCGGUUCUUGUUGACCAGGGGACUGAUGAUGACGAUGAUGAUGAGGAUCAAAAUGAGGAAAGUGUUCCGGUUAUGGAAGAGGACAACGUUGAGGAAGGGGCUAUUUCAAUUCAGUCAUUAACUUUGGCUCAUAUGAGAGACGAAGAAGAAAAUGGCUGCAAGUUUAGGCCACCGGCAAUCAGCGGGACUGUUGCAGAAAGAUGCUUAGACGGAUUAAAACAUGUGGCUGAAGGCUUGGAGUGCUUGAAGUAUUUUCCGGAGGAGGUUAAGGAAGAGGUCAAAGAGGAAAAAGAAGAUGUUCUUAAGAUGGCGAAGCCGUUUGAGGCCAUUCCGAUGCCCUAUGAGUCGCUGAAGAACUCGAAGAAUGAGAGGGAAGUGAGGGACGGAAGCCCUGGGCUCAGGAAGAAGAAGAAAAAGAAGGGGAAGGAAAAAAAUGAUGAUAAGGUCAAGGACAGCAAGGCUUUGUGCAAGAAAAUGGAGAAUUUGCCGACUUGGCAGGCGCCCAAGAGUGACAUUCAUGACUGGAAAAACCAUCUGAGAAUUUUGCUCUACGAAAAGGCGACGCUGAUCUUUGCUGUGUUGGGGGAGUAUGAGUAUACUAAUCAGAGGUUCGGGAGAUCGCUGAGGUACAGCUUGGCGGUACUGAGGUGUCAUAAAAUACUGGAGUGGUUUUGUGGGAUGAAGAAUGAUAAGCUGAUUAGUUACUUGCUAGGGAGGACUGGGGACUGCUGUUUGAUGAUUGUUCAUGAUUGGCAGAAUAUUGAGACUCACAGGAACGCUUAUGAGGAAGCGGAUGAGGUGGAGCUCAAGAUUCUCAGCGAGUUUUUUGAGAUCAGUGGGAAUAUGAAUGAAGAUGAGCUACUUCCCGACACACUAACGACCCUGGAGUCAACUUUGGUAAUCUCACUAAAGUGUUACGAGAAAGCAUUAGCUCUGGGUCCGUUAGAAUCUGAUCGAAAUAUUUUGAUUCGUCGACUUGGAAACGUCCACAAUGAACUAGGAGUCUUGUAUAUGAACCAAGCGACAUCCAAGUACCAGCAAAUUGACCAAGAUGAGUCAGCCGCAGUCGUUGAGGUGAUCGGUCUAUUGACCAAGUCUCAUAAGCAUCUUGAGGCAGGAGUUGAAGCUUUCGAGAUCAGCCGUGAUGAUGUUAAUCUCGCGUUACUUCACUCAAAUACCGGGAGAUUAAUGAGAACGUGGGCUCACAUACCAGAUAAAAAACAAUCUCAGGAAAAAUAUUUUUACAACAAAGCUAUCACUAGUUAUCAAACGGCGCUUCUUGUUCUUGGGAGCAAAAAAACUAAUCCUUUUAUUUGGGAAGAUGUCACAUGGGAAUUGUCGAGUACGCUUUAUGCUAUGGCGACAUUAACACAAGAUUUUACUAAUAGCAAUUAUAAGACUGAAGAAGAAGUAACGAGAGAAGUCGUCGAAAUAUUACAAAAAGCCUUAAAACACUGUGACACUGAAACACCUGGCUCGCGUCAGCCAAUUUAUCAAUUUCGCGCCGCUAAUAUUGAACACCGCCUCGGUUCACUUUAUCACCGGAUUUACCGUGAACUCGAUCACGAUAACGAGACAACAAAACGUAAAACAAGUUUGCAAUUAAGCCGGAUGCACUAUGAGAGAGCAGCUAAAUUAUUUAUGACACUAGAGCAACCUGUUGAGUUUCUUACAGUGCAGCUGGAACGAGUCGCACUUGCAGAGCACCAGGCGUCUACCUCACCGUUUAGCAAAAAAUUGAAAGCUUAUCAAUCAGGUUUAGAGAUAAUUUUACAAUGCCCACCGAUGCUGGAAGUUAUGAUUGAAAAAUAUAAAGAUAAUAAAGUAAAAUAUAAAAAUGAUGAUGAAAGUAAGGAAAAUAAUUUUGAGAAUAAGAAUAAAGAAAAUAAUAUGGAUAAUGAUGAAAAUAUUAAUAAUGAAAAUCUGCAAAAUAAAAUACAAGAUAAGAAGAUGAAUCAUGAUAAUAAAAAAAUAAUAAAUAAUAUUAGAGAAAACCAACAGGACAAUGAAGAAAAUCAGCAGAAUGAAAAAGAAGAAAAUUUAAUUAUUUUACUCGAGCAACGACUACAGUAUUUACUAAAAUCAUUAACUAAAUUAUGUUUGGAAAAAAAUUCAAAUAAAAGAGAGUACGAAAAUUUAUCCAACACUUACAAAAUGUGCUACGGAAAAACUCUGAGACCAGUCAGUAAAUCCGGAAUCGAUUUACUUGAGCAUUUAAUUAAAGUACUGAGUGAAAUCGCUCCGAAAUUACGACAGAUUCAGGAUAAUUAAUUUUAUUUAUUCACACCUUUGAGUAUUUGGCUGUUCAAGAAUCGGUAGUUUAGUUACGCAAAGUUAUAAGCCUUUGUAUUUAUAUAUGUAUAUAUAUCCUCAAUAAGAUAUACUAUUUAAGUUAUUUAUAUCAUUACAAUAAAGUGGGUUUUGAUUUUUC